AUGGACACGCACUCUCCGAGCUGGUUCAUCCUGUCGCAGAAGGCCACGGCGAACCUCCAGCAGUCCGCUUUGAUCCCCGCUCUUCUCUUCACGAGCCUGGCGCUGCUGGUCGUGUUACUCCGAUGGUACAGCAGGAUCUGCCUUGCGCCGGGUAAAUGGGGUGUUGAGGAUUAUUUCAUCAGCGUGGCACUGCUUCUGUCCAUCAGUAUGACUGCGGUAGUCGGCGCAGAAUCCGGCCUCGAUAUGGCCCCAGCCACGGACGAACAGUCCAGUCUCCACCGACUCUCUAAAAUGCUCAAACUCAUCUUCGCACACUCCCUCCUCUACCAGCUGUCUGUCAAUCUGGUCAAAGCCGGGUUCACGCUCCAAUACUUGCGCAUCUUCUCGCACUUGCAGUGGCCAAGAUACUACUGCUACGUUCUGCUCCUGCUGAUUCUUGGCGCGACUGCCUGGGGCGUCUUCGGUAUCAUUUUCCUGUGCAACCCGGUCAAUACGUACUGGGACGGGAGAGUGGAUGGGGAGUGUAAGAAUGCAGAGCAUCACUUUCUGCGCACGGGCAUUCUGGGCAUCGUCAUCGAUUGGGCGAUUUGGGUCCUGCCGAUGCCGAUAGUAGGGAAGUUAAAGCUGCCGAGGAGACAGAAAUGGGGGCUUUGGGUGGUGUUUGGGCUGGGUGGAUUUGUGUGCAUCGUGAGUAUCUUGAGACUGACGCUGGUGCAAGACGCUGCUCGUCGAGGCAAUAUGACAGCAUCAGGCACGCAUGCAGCUGUGUGGUCGACGAUCGAGGUCAAUGUCGCUAUCAUCUGUGCUUCGGCCCUCGUCAUGAAACCGUUGUUCACUAAAUGGCUACCGGCGAUAGUGUCCGAGCAGCCUAUGUCGGCCAGCGAAGACAGGAGACAGUUCAUGCGGUUGACAGGCCUGGCUAUGUUGAAUGGCGGCUCGGUGGACGAGAUGAAAGCAAGAGAACCGAAUGCGAGACGUGAUACAGGGGUUGGGAUGGGCCCUGGGCGUCGAGGUGUCGAGAGCAGCCAAGUGCCAGUGAGAGCAGAGAGACGGAGUGGCCCGAGUUCGAGUACGGGUACGAGCACAAAUACAAGUAGCCUGCAAUGA